GCUAGUGGCAAAGUUUGGGAAUGAUAGAAAGGCUGUUGAGCUGCAAUGCUACUGCUUUGCGGAUUACAGUAACAUUUACACGUUGUUUUCUGUAAGCACCCAUCUCUACUGCUUGGAUUCAGCAGGAUCUAACUAAAGGUACGCAAUCCUGAGACAUGUCGGAGGACCUGAGCUCUCAACCCUGGUCCAUCAACAAGGAUGACUAUGAGCUGCAGGAGGUGAUCGGAAGCGGAGCUACGGCUGUGGUCCAGGCUGCCUACUGUGUGCCCAGGAAGGAGAAGGUCGCUAUCAAACGCAUCAAUCUGGAAAAAUGCCAGACCAGCAUGGACGAGCUCCUGAAAGAGAUUCAGGGGAUGAGCCAGUGUCACCAUCCCAACAUUGUGUCGUACUACACCUCGUUCGUGGUGAAAGAUGAGCUGUGGUUGGUCAUGAAGCUGCUCAGUGGUGGCUCUGUGUUGGAUGUUAUAAAGCACAUCAUUUCAAAGGGGGAACACAAGAACGGUGUACUGGAUGAACCCAGUAUAGCUACUGUGCUGAAAGAGGUCCUUCAGGGUCUUGAGUACCUUCACAGAAAUGGACAGAUCCACAGGGAUCUCAAAGCUGGAAACAUUCUGCUGGGGGAGGACGGAUCAGUGCAAAUCGCAGAUUUUGGUGUAAGUGCCUUCUUAGCCACUGGUGGUGACAUGACUCGAAAUAAAGUGCGGAAGACGUUUGUGGGAACGCCAUGUUGGAUGGCUCCAGAAGUGAUGGAGCAGGUGAAAGGUUACGACUUCAAAGCAGACAUCUGGAGUUUUGGGAUCACAGCCAUCGAGCUGGCCACAGGUGCCGCUCCUUACCACAAAUACCCUCCUAUGAAGGUGUUGAUGUUGACCCUGCAGAAUGAUCCGCCUUGUCUUGAGACUGGAAUCACAGACAAGGAGAUGGUGAAGAAAUAUGGGAAAUCCUUGAGGAAGAUGAUCUUGUUGUGUUUGCAGAGGGACCCAGAGAAAAGGCCGACAUCAUCAGAACUCUUAAAACAUAAAUUCUUCCAGAAAGCCAAGAAUAAUGAAUUCCUGCAGGAGAAAUUAUUACAGAAAACACCUACAAUUACAGAAAGAGCGAGAAAGGUUCGGCGAGUUCCUGGCUCCAGUGGGAGACUCCAUAAAACAGAAGAUGGACAAUGGGAAUGGAGUGAUGAUGAACUGGAUGAGGAGAGCGAGGAAGGCAGAGCUGCAGUUGCUGCCUUACGGUCACCAAGAGUAAAAGAAGGACUCCAGAAUACAGAGAUAUUCCAGCCUUUCAGCAGUCACCUCCAGCCUGAACUACCUCAAGCUGCUGGCCAGGGCCCGGCCAACACUCAACACACUGCCCUAACUAUUACCCAAACCCCAGCUGCGAACGCUGCGCAGGCCCCAGUUCCUGGAGCCGAUGCCUCACCGUCCCCGAUCAGUUUAGUAUUAAGGUUAAGAAACUUGAAAAAGGAACUGAAUGACAUACGAUUUGAGUUCAUGUCAGGCAGAGACACAGCAGAUGGGGUUUCUCAGGAGCUGGUAUCGGCCGGCUUGGUAGAUGGGAGAGAUUUAGUUAUAGUGGCUGCUAAUUUGCAGAAGAUAGUCGAAGAGCCUCAUUCCAAUAAAAAUGUCACAUUUAAACUGGCCUCUGGCGUUGAGGGCUCUGAGAUUCCUGAUGAUGUCAAACUCUUGGGAUUUGCUCAGCUCAGCAUUAACUAAACUUUGGCUCUGUGCGGGACCAUGACUUGCCUACAAAUGUGAAAACAAACCAACACUACCAACAGAAUGACACAUUGAUGCAUUUUUUCUCCUCUUUCAAUUGCCCUAAAGAAACCACUGUUGCCAAAGAGAAAAGUACCCUAGCACCAGCCCAUAGGAUUUCAAACGGCCCAGCGGAAGAGUUGCACAAACAUGAGAAUGAUCAGAAUUUGUAGGAAUCGAUUAAAAUAAAGUUGAGAAUUUAUUUGUAUAAGGAUGCAAUUAUCAUAACCAGAUAUAACCUCUUAUUGUUCUUCUAAUAUUUAUCUUUCUUUUCUUCUAUUUUUUGAUUGUCCUAGUUUUGCUAAAUCUGUACGGACACCCUAAAAAUGAACAAUGUAAAAAUGCCUCCAAUAUAACUACUGAGCGCAUACACUUAAAAAUAAAGGUGCUUCACGAUGCCAUAG